GACGUGUAGACUUUUCCAGACAUCAUAGCGGGUCGUGGAGCAAUGGUGGCGGCCGUCAACACGUCUAGGUGUCAUUGACGGACAGGAGUAAGAAAAAUGUCUGCCCAAGACCUCCCCAACGACCAGAGCAAAGCUAAACAAUCCAAGUUUAACCAAAAGUUUAAGCAGCAGCGACUCCCAGCAUGGCAGCCAAUUCUCACUGCAGACACUGUCCUGCCAGCCUUUUUCCUCAUCGGACUGCUCUUUGUACCACUUGGGGCAGCCCUCCUCUUCUUCUCCCACAGUGUCCAAGAAAUGGAACUGGACUACACUGACUGCAAGAGUGUGGAGGCUGGCGUUUCAAUGCCUUGCAGUGAGGUUAUAAGGAAAAGCAACUUCACUGCUGAGUGCACCUGCCAAGUCAACUUUACCAUAACUGAACCUUUUAAAAAGACUGUUUAUCUCUACUAUGGGCUGGAUAACUUCUAUCAGAACCACCGCCGUUAUGUCAAAUCCCGUGAUGACAACCAACUCCUUGGGAAGGAUAUCACCUCACCCAGUAACGACUGCAACCCGUUUGGCAUGAGUGACGGAAAGAUAUAUGCUCCAUGCGGUGCUAUUGCCAAUUCCAUGUUUAAUGAUUCCUUGACACUCUACGAUGCUGGAAAAGAUGAAAAGCUGAAGCUGAUCAAGACUGACAUUGCUUGGCCUUCAGACCGCAAGAUAAAAUUUAACAACCCUCCAGGGAAGCUUAAUGACUCUGAAGCUUUCAAAAACACCAUCAAGCCGCCAUACUGGACCAAGAAUGUGUGGGAGCUGAGUGAUGAUCCCAGUAACAAUGGUUACAAAAAUGAGGACCUGAUUGUGUGGAUGCGCAGUGCUGCUUUCCCAACCUUCCGUAAAUUGUAUGGAAAGAUUGACCACAGCAUGAUAGGCUUCAAGUUUGGCUUCCCCAAAGGAAGAUAUUAUCUAGAAGUGCAGUACCGUUAUCCUGUGGACUCAUUUGGUGGCCGGAAGCGCAUGAUCCUCUCCACCACAAGCUUCCUUGGAGGCAAAAACAACUUCCUGGGCAUUGCAUACAUCACAGUGGGCUGCAUUUGUCUCUUACUGGGCAUCAUCUUCCUAAUCAUUCACAUCAAGUUUGGCAAGAGGGCCGUUGACCAGCUGAACAUCAACCAAAACACUCCAUAUAGUGACUAGCCCAGAGCAGUUUGCCUCUAGCCGCCCAGUGUGAUGCUGAUGGUUUGAAGAGAAGCUUUAGGUGGCUCUGAGGUCAUGAAGGAUUUGUCCUCUCAAGAUGAAGCACAGCUGCUGCUUCCAAACCAGAUCAACGAUAACACAGUCUCACAUGUAGUUGUGGACCUGUUUAUGUUCUCAGUGUAGUUUGUUGAGCUAUUGUUUUGAAAUUUUAAACUAAAUAGUAACAUCAGUCAGAUGUAUCCAGUUGAUUAAGAAUUAUGAGCACAAAUUCAUAUGUAAAUUCAUUUCAGUGUUCUGUGGAACUGGAGCAUGCUAAUUGAAUUAGUGAAUUAAAUCAUUCAAGCACUAUGAUAUUUGAGUAUAGUUAUAGAGAUUUAAAAAAAAAUCUUUAUGAAAAAUAGUGUCCUAUUGUAUAAAGUUUGUUGUGGGUCACCUAAAAGAAGUAACAGAAUUGUGUCUCAGUGAAUGCAAGCUAUGCCAAGGUUAUUUUGAGCAGUCGUGUGUUGGUUCCACAGGCUGUAGCUGGGCACAGGUAGCUCAGGAGUCCUUAUACCUAAGAAUAUUAUCCUACAAUGUGUCUGGUCCUGCCAGCUGAACUUCACAUGAAAUGCAUAUUUGUGGUAUGCAGAUGGCCACAUACAGAUUGCCUCAAAGUAGCCAGUAGUAUGUGUGGCACCCACAUGGUUAACACAAAAUGCAAUAUUCUUUUAGCUGCAACAAUGCACUCACAAUAUUGGUCUUGAUCAUUAUCAACAUAAUCUCUUGGAGGAGAAGAAUGUACAAACAAGAAAUUCCAAGAAGAAAUGACUAGGUAAAACUGACUAUUCAUAAUUAAAAGAGGAAAGUCAAAUGAAGAUAAGUAUCACCCAUUGUAUUUCCACUUGUAUGACAUGUGUCAUCAUAAAAUGGUAACACUGUUGCCCACUACUUCUGAUGCAGGCAGGCCUAUAGGUCUUGGUGAUGGCGUGCAUAUGUAUUAUAUAGUUCCAAUACAGAGAACAUUCUCCAUUUUACCAUCAUCCUGCAUUAUUUGAUUCACCCUUAUUUCUUUUUUAUCUUAUCUAGUCUGGUGAAGUUUUGGAGAACUAUGAAUUAAAUCAUCUCAGAUGUAGGGGCAGAGGUGAUGUGAAGAUUCUCCGAGUCCAGUAAACAUGUCCUCUGCUCUUUAUCCUACCUAGCAUGUAUUUUGUGUUGGUUAGUUUUUUUUUUUUUUUUUUUGUGUGUGUGUGUGUGUGUGUGUGUGUGUGUGUGUGUGUGUGUGUGUGUGUGUGUGUGUGUGUGUGUGUGUGUGUGUGUGUGUGUAUACAUACAUUGUAGUUUGAUUAUGUACAGUUUGUUUAUGUAUGUGGAAUUCUCUUGUGCUUUCAUAUAUCUUUUAAGCAGGGAAAACAAAUAGUUUGAUUAUCAGCUAGUUUCUCCUCUUGAUUAAGUUUACAGAACAAUGUGGUUUAUUCAAGAGAAUGCCCUGGUCCCAUCAUAUUGCUUAUACCAGAGAUUGUGUUACUUAAGAGUUAUACCAGCAGUGUAUAAGCAUGGCCUGUUGACUGGGAGUGUCAGUACCUUGUAGGUACUGCAGAAUUUGUGAAACAUGAGCAGAUUGUACCUGGGCACUGAAUACCUUGCACUUGAAAGAAACCACACUUACACAUUUUGUCCAUGUCUGAACCAAAAAUUGGUUCUGGUCCUUAAUAUAGUUAUAUAUGUAUACAUAUAUUUUUUUAUGUAUUUAUUUUUAUCAGUCUUGAUCUAAUAUUGGUCUGUUUAUUGCUGAUGUAAAUCCCACAAAGCCAUAAGCAGCAGAUAAGAUGAGAUCAGUGCCAUUAGAAGAGAAGUCCUCCAUUUUCUCAAGUAGUGACUUAGGCAGUACCUGACUACCAAAGUUAAAUAAAAUUCAGUCUUGGCUGCUGCUUAGACAAACAAAUAACUAUAUAAUCAACAAAAUCAAAUGCAUCAGAUUGCUCAAAUUAAAAAGGAUAGUUCUAAAAAAGAAGUGAUUGGCAUUACACACAAUGUGCAUAAAUGCUUCAGUGAUGCGUGUAGCAACUUGAAACGUCACAGGUUUGAUUGAACUUUUCUUUUAAAAAUGAAAAAAAAUAUAAUUUAACAGAUUGCUUUGUGAGUUUUGAAAUAAAAUUAUAUUUUUUUACAUCUUUUGAAGUUUUAAAUAUAUAAACAACAUUGAGUAAACUCAUAGUUUGCUUUUUCAUAUAUGUGACCAGUCAGCCAAGACAUCACUUAAGUAAAUAAAAGCAAUCUUGGCUGUCAUACUAGGCUUGCAUCAUUAUUGCUGAUGUUACGUAGCAAAAGCCAUACCAUAGUUAAGAUAACCCAAGUAGGUACUUACCAGUUCCCCUGCAUUCAUCAACUACAAACUGAUGCCCAGCCUUGCCUCACCACAACCUGCACUCAGAAAGCUUCCUUCUGGUGGUCAUGGUUGAAAGAGAGAAUAAUUUUUUUUAGAUCAUAUUUUAUCAUUGAAUCCCAUUUUAUAAAGUAUUGUAUCCCCUAAUGCCUUCCACUACUGAGUGCAUUUAAAUAUGCUUGUGUUACAUUUUUAAGAAACCUGUAUCUAGCAUCAGUUAAAAGUAUGACUGCGUAAGCUAGCACAUUGAAAACUAAAAAGAUGAUGUUAGUAUGGUAAAACACUUAAGCUGCACUGGUGCAACUCUUAUUUGAUGAAAGAAAACCAGUGUGAUUCCUCUAAUAGUAUUACCGAAAGCAUUAUUAUAGAAAAAUCUUAAGAAAACCGGUGUGAUUCCUCUAAUAGUAUUACCGAAAGCAUUAUUAUAGAAAAAUGUCAAUUAAGUUUCCCAGAUCUGUUCAGUGACAAAGUGUCCACUGUGGAGGAUGUCAUAUGGGUGUGUGAUAUGCUGGUGUUUCAAGGCUGAGCAUUAUCAAGUGAAAAUAAAUGUGUGAUUUAUUUCAUCAAAUAUCUUAUUUUUAUCAAUGUUUUACUUUGUAUUUUCUUGCGGUAUCAUUGUAAUACAUCCCAUAGGAACUGUCUAUUGAUGCUUUUGUAGAUGAAGCAUCUGUGCUUAAUGUAAGAAUAUCAGCUGCAUCUAACCAUCUUAUCAUUAUUGUUAUCAUAGAUGGCAGUUAUAGUAAAUGGUGUUGUUGAUAUCAUUACUGUUAAUAGUUUUAUGGCAUAAUGCAACCAUUCACUUAUCUUCUCAAUUUUCACCCCACUUUCUUCAGUGUAAUUUUAUGGGAAAAUACUGCUCGGAUUUGUUUAUGUUACAUUUUGUUCAUAUAUGAAUAAUGAUUUUUCUGUAGAGGGCCAAGUACAUUCCAUUUACAAGACUCCAUCUGCAGUGCUGCUGAUUUUUCCAUGACUUGACUGACAUAGGAUCUUACUUAUACUUGAGAAUUCAGUCACUUCCUUUUCCUGCAGAAAAGAAUAUCUUAUAGGAAUAUUUAAGAAUUCAGAUUGACAUAAAAAAGCAAGGAAGGGUUCAAUUACCAGUUAUUUUUUUAUUUUAUCAGUGUGCAACAAAAAAAAAAAAAAAGUGUCCAUGGAAAACAGCAAAACGGUAUUCUCUUGUCUUGACAAGGUGAAAGUUUAGUAAAGGAGCAGCAAACACUUUGAGGUAUGCAGUAUUGGAAAUGUACUCAUUCUUUUUGUUGAUGUGAAAUGUUUGGUGUAAAGACCAUAUUUUUGUGAUGUCUGUCUGUGAUUGUGAAAGUGGUUUCCACAUUAUCCAGAUCCUAUAUUUACUGCUGUUUAAAGUUUAUGUCUAUCCACUCUAAGAAGUAUUGUUUGAUAUCUAGUCUAAUUAAACAUAUGCAGUGCUUAAA